AUGAUUGUGUUAAUAUUAUUGACAGUUCUUAUCGUGUUCUUAGUCUCCUUUGUUACUAAGCAGUAUACAUAUUGGAAUCAAUUCGAUAUUCCACAUUUAAAAGCAAAAUUUCCUUUUGGAAAUCUAGAAUUGGUUACAAAACAGCAAAGAUCUUUUGGAACUGCUAUCUACGACAUUUACAAUGGUUCAAAGGAACGAAUUUUAGGAUUUUAUAUGUUCUUUAAGCCAGCAUUACUUAUCAGAGAUCCAGUGCUGAUUAAAAGUGUUCUUGCUACUGAUUUUGCGAAUUUUCAUGAUCGUGGAAUUUAUGUCGAUGCUAAUCGAGAUCCAAUGUCAGCAAAUUUAUUUUCCCUUGAAGGCGAGGAAUGGAAGAACUUGAGGACAAGAUUGACACCAGCAUUUACGUCCGGAAAGUUGAAGGGAAUGUUUGAAAACAUCAAAGGUAUUGGAAACAAUUUAAUCAACUUUAUGGAGUCUAAAGCAAAUGAACAAGCUAUAAUUGAAAUUAGAGAUAUUUCAAUUCGAUACGUGACUGACUGCUUGGCAAUGAUUGCAUUUGGACAGGAAGGUAUCUCCAGUAUUGAUAAUCCUGAGCAUGAAUUUUUGGUAAAUGCAAAAAGAUACAAUGAAGACAAAAACUUACUUGAUAUGGUCAGAAGAAUUUCAAUUUUUAUUUGCCCAGGACUUCUGAAGAUACUGAAAAUCAAAGGAUUGCCUCCUUUCAUGGAGAAGUUUUGCCUUGAUAUGGUCACAAAAACAAUUCAAUACAGAGAAACCAACAACGUUGUUCGAAAGGAUUUAAUGCAGUACCUCAUUCAACUAAGGAACAACAGCACUUCGCAAAUUGAUGAUUGGAAAAUCAAAUCUUCAGCCAAAGGAAGCAAAUCAUUGAGCUACGAAGAAAUUGCUGCAAACAUUUACAUUUUUUACAUCGCUGGUGCUGAAAGUUCAUCAUCUACAAUUGCAUAUAUGCUUUAUGAAUUGGCACGAAAUCAGGAAUUAAUGAAACGAGCCAAAACUGAUGUCCAAGAUACUUUAGCUAAGCACAAUGGAGAAAUUACUUAUGAAUCAAUUAAGGACAUGCAAUUCAUCGAUUUGUGCGUCAAGGAAAUUUUGAGAAAGUAUCCAGCACUGCCAAUUAUGAAUCGUGAAUGCACAAAAGAUUAUAAAGUACCAGAUAUGGACUUUGUCAUUAAGAAAGGAACUGCAGUUGUCAUUUCAAUUCUUGGAAUCAGUCGAGACGAAGAAAUCUUCCCAAAUGCUGAAAGUUUCGAUCCCGAUCGUUUCUCAAGUGAUCGAAUGGAUUAUGAUGCUGAUAUGUUCAUGCCAUUUGGGAUCGGACCUCGCAACUGUCUUGCAUAUCGUAUGGGAUUGAUUAUGGUAAAAGUUGCAGUUGUCAUGUUGCUGAAGAAAUUCAAGUUUGAAGCUGUUUGUCAUGAUGAAUUAGAAUUUGAUUAUGGAUCUGUUGUUUUGCUUCCAAAAGAGGGAACAUGUAAGAUUAAGAUUAUGAAGGAAGAAGAAAAUUGA